GGCUCCGAGCGCAGUCUGCUGGAUACCAGAGAGUGGGAGAGAGCGAGAGAGGCGAGCCUUUAAAUCUCUGCGGUGCAGAGCUGGAAAAGCUGCUUCUAAGCGAAAAUUCAGACGCCCUAUUUACUCCGCUUAUUCGCUCCUGUUAUUUUUUCCUGGAGAAAAAAGGGACUUACUACUAAGAAGUUGCAACGAGGACUGGUUCCCGUCAGCGAACAGACGUGGUAUUUCCUUAAUUAUUAUUAAUAUUAUUUAUGUUGCUUUUUUUCUCAACGCGCUUCUACUGAAGGGACUGAGGUUUUACUUUUGCACUGAGACGCAUUGCUUUCUACCUCCUGCCUGGUCUCGCUGCCAGAUUAUCCCAGCAGAAGUAGGCUAUAUGACGCAAACUGUGCGCAGAGCAUUAGUCUGAAAGUUUUUCCUCCACUCUUUUUUUUCCUUUUUUUUUUUUUUUUUUUUUCCACCAAUCGCACGGUGUUUCAUGCUACAACAAGUCCGUGUGCAGCGGUGGAGGAGCCAAAAGAACUAUUGCAUGAAACAAGAAAGGAGAGAACAGACGCUGAUUAACAAGUCAGUUUUUGCGACGCUCGCAGAUCUGCAAAAGAGUCGCGACAACAACAUGAGCGCAGAGCUGAGCAUGGGCCCGGAGCUGCCCAGCAGCCCUCUGGCUCUGGAAUAUGUCAAUGAUUUUGACCUGAUGAAGUUCGACGUAAAGAAGGAAGGCCUGGCAGGGCUGGAGCGCAACGCUGUACGCCAAUGUAACCGUCUCCAACCCCAGGGCUCUGUGUCCUCCACACCCAUCAGUACACCCUGCAGCUCGGUGCCCUCUUCGCCCAGCUUUAGCCCCACAGAACAGAAAAAUCACCUGGAGGAGCUGUACUGGAUGCCGAACAAUGGGUACCACCAGCAGCUGGACCCCCAGACCCUGUCCCUGACCCCAGAGGAUGCGGUCGAGGCCCUGAUUGGAGCCACAGCUCACGGCCACCCUCCACCUCCACAUGUCCAGCAGCAACUUCAGCAGCAAGGCGGCUUUGAUGGCUACAGGGGCCCACACCACCACCACAGCCACCACGGCCACGGUCAACAGCACCAUCACCCGUACGCAGGGGGCAUCCCGCACCACUCCGAGGAGCUGUCUGGGCACCCGGGCGCUCACAACCACCCACACAGUCAGCACCAUCAUCACCACAGCCAGGACCCCGACAGCCCGUCCCCGGUGUCCCCCGAGUCGCUCCAUCACCACCGCCAUCAUCACCACCACCAUUCGCACGGCCACCUGAGCCAGUCCCACGGCUCCGGGGGCGGCCUGAACGUGGAGGACCGCUUCUCCGACGACCAGCUGGUGUCAAUGUCAGUGCGGGAGCUCAACAGACACCUACGGGGCUUCACCAAGGACGAGGUCAUCCGCCUCAAGCAGAAGAGGCGGACCCUGAAGAACCGGGGCUACGCACAGUCCUGCAGGUAUAAGCGCGUGCAGCAGAAGCACGUGCUGGAGAACGAGAAGACGCAGCUGAUCAACCAGGUGGAGCAGCUGAAGGCGGAGAUCAGCCGGCUGGCGCGGGAGCGGGACGCCUACAAACUCAAGUGCGAAAAACUGACGGGUUCAGGGGCCAAUAACGGGUUCCGCGAGGCCGGCUCGACCAGUGACACCCCUUCAUCACCAGAGUUUUUCAUGUGAGUCUUCAUCGCCUUUUCUUGUGAACAAACUCUCCCCUCAAACCCCCAAACUUUUCUUUCUCCACAAAUGACUGAUGCGCAAAAACACACCUCCCAUACUGUUUAUUAUACGAAUAACAGUAACAACUAUAUUCAUAUUAGAAGAAUAACCAUCGACUAGUAUUCUCAUAUAUACUCAUCUCUCCAUCCACGUGUCAGCUGAGAUACAAAGAGCAACGUAGAGAGUCUCAUCAGCAGCAUCUUUGUAGAUUAGUUGCUUGUAGUGAAGAGACUUUUUUUCUUCAGAGAAGAGGAUCGGCUGAUGAACUUUUCCUUUUUUUUUUUGUUCUUUCUUUUUCCUUUGAGGCUUUGAAAUGAUCUGUAAGUAUUGUGGGGAUGUUGCGAGGCAGUUGUCUUGUAAUUUUGUGUCUCCAAAAAAAUACAUGACAUUGUUAUAAACCAAGUGGGCCUCGCAGCCUGCAACACAUUCAAACAAGUGGGCUCUGUAAUCUGAGGAAAAAAAAUCUCCAAAAAGCAAGACUCCACUUUAUGCAAAUUUAACUUCAGUCUGCUAACCCGUCACAGAGGGAGGGAAGGGUUGAGGACAUUUUAUGCAACAUCUCAUUGAUUUAUUGCCUGCUUGGUUAUAUUCGAAUAUAUAUAUUGAAACAAAAAAAAUCUGCAUUAAAUAUUAAUCCUGCAUGCUGGACAUGUACGGUAAUUCUAUUUUGUACUUUCAUCUUUUUCGUGUAUAUUAAGAGCAUGUUGUUGAUCUGCGCUUCUCCAUAGUUUCUUGGGGGGUUAUCAGAGAAAUGCAGUGGGGACAGAACAGCAGGACUGCCGGUGCAGUAUCAUAUGGUGUGGUGUUUUUUUAGGGGCUUGUAAAUAUUAUGCAACCGCAAAACUGCACAACAAGAUUGAGGAGGCUGGUUUGAACUUCUUUCUUUCUUUGAGUUGUGUUUUUAUUCCAUUUAUUUUUUAUGAUUGUUUUUUUAAUCAUUUUGGGGGUAUUUGAACAAGAGAGAAAGCAUUUUAUUUUUCAUUUAAAUUCAGUUAAAAAAAAAACGUUGUGUGUUUUAAGUGCACUUUUUGGAUAAUGUUUUGAAGUUUUCAUUUUGAAAUUUGUGCAGACCUCCCUCCAGGAAGACAUACUAUGAUACUAUAUUGUGAUAUUCUUCAACACACAGGCCUGAGUGCAGAGUUUCACAGUAAUAUUUGGACACGUGUUCUGCGAGGCUGAGGAGACGAACAUGUGGCCACAAUAUUAUUGGAGCCAGAUUGCACAGAAUACAAUGCUUUUUUACGCAUGAAGGCGAGGUUUCUGCAUUCUGUAUAACACACACAAUGUGGCAAAAAUGUUCUCUGUCUUUUUAAUUCAACGUGGCUUUUGUGCCAUUUCCUCAGAGAAGUGCUGUAACUUUUUAACAAACCACAUUAAAACCCGACAAAAGCUCAUGCAAAUCGGCGGCCACCUGUAGCAUAUCACAACUGGGCCUAUUAUUGAAAAAAGUGUUUAUAUUUUUAAAUGUAAAGAGAAACAUCAUUACUUUUCAGGGGUUUCUGUAUAGUUCAUUUUUAGAUAACGCGAGCGUUUUAACAAAAAAGUGGAACUUUUAAUGCUCUAUGUUUUCCUGAUUUUUUUCCUGCCGGUCAGUAAAAAAGGGGACUCAGGUGGUUCAAAUUCUCAAAAUGAAAACAAUUGUUUAUUUUAUGUUAUACGUUUGUUUAUUUUUCAUAUGUUUUAUUAUUAUUCGAUGAUUCUGGUUCUGCUGGCCAGAUGCAUAGUUAAAGUUUUUAUUUUAAUGAUUUAAAUUAACAAACUGUCAGAUCAUAUCGAAUAAGCAUGGUGCUUGCAUUUGAAACUAUUGUUGAGAAGUCAUGCAUUUAACAAUCUUCUUUUUUUUGUUACUGAUUCAACUGUGUUGAAAUCGAACUGAGACUGCAGCAGCGGGUUGUUGUUUUGUUUUCACCUGUUCCAUGUAUUUUGCGAUGAUGGGGAUCAAUUUUCAAUCCUGUUUAUAUAAAAAUGAUAGUUAAACACUUAAAUUUGAACUGUUCCAUUCAGGCUGGUUUCUGUUUCGUCUUAUUUUUGGUUGUUUUUGGAAGAAAUUGUUUCCUAUUUUGCUUAUUAAAGUCAUUGAAAUGGCA